UAUUAUUGUUUAAUGCAAUAAAAUAGAUGGGACCAAACGAAAGAAGCAUGAAUAUUAUGUGAACGCCUAAAUUCAAAUUCCAAAAAGAUCAGCAGAGGAUUCCUUCUUCAGGUUCAUAUUAGGUGACAGCAGACUGUGAGAACAAUAGUAGCUGGAUAACCGCAGAGCUUUCUUCUGCUGGCUCCGAGCCAGACUCGCCGCUCUUUCCCGAAGUUUUCCGAUUAACUCCGAAGUGAGAGCAUCCCCACACCCGAGUCAGGCCGAAAUCUUUGGCUGCUUUCGAUCUUCCCCGUUAAGGAGUACCAUUGCCGAGUAGGGGGUGGAGGGGUGGUCCAGAUCAGUAAAAGAAGGAAAAAAAUAAGAAUUCAUCUCCGCCGAGCCCCUCCCGUUUGAGUGAGAUUCGGAUUCGAGGCUGAUCUAAAGAGUCCCCUGAUUCAAAAUGAAAGUAAUCGGAGCUGCGGUGUUUAGCGCCCUGUUCUGCACGGUUGUGCUCUCAUCUUCAAAAGAAGAGCACAGGACAGCCUUCUUCGGCGAGGACGUUCACAUCGACAUUUUAUCCCAGAAUGACUCAGAGGUGGUGUUCAAACCCAGAACCAAGCCCUUACUGGAGGUGUUCAUAAUGCGAGGAGGAAAGCCGGUUAAUGAAUCAAAGGUCCAGCUGAAAUUUGACGACCUGGUGCUGAAGGACGUGCAGGAGGAGGACGAGGGCGAGUACAUCAUCAGAAGCAGCAGGAACGCCAGCACAGACAGGCACUUCAUCCUCACAGUCAGGGACUGUUCACUAGAGCAGAUGGUGAAGUAUGGAGAAAACUACAUCAUCCAUCUCAAAGGACUUGAAGGCCCCAUCAGUCUGGAGUUCAGACCCUCCCUGAUUAAAGUCAACCAGACUCAUGUGCUGCAUGUGUCCGAGCCUCUGCCUGUCCUGCUGUACAACAAAACCUCGGUGCUGGGGGAGGAUUAUGCAAGCCGCCUCAGAGUGACAGAAAAGCAGGUGGUUUUACGCUCAGUCAGGAUGACAGACGAGGGAAGCUUCACCGUGAUGGACCACAAGGGCCAAACCAUGAUGAAGAACUGUCUUAACGUCAAAGAUCACCAGACGUUCCUGCGGCCCACCGAAGGGGAAAACCUGAAGAUAAAACUGUACCAGCAUUAUUCCAAUGUUAACGUUGUUUACAAACCCAAGUCAGACAGUCAGGACCGAGUUGUCAUCAGUCAUGGGGUUCUGGAGGAACCUCUGGAUCCUCAGCUGGACGGCAGACUCACGGUGGAGGGCUCGGAGAUCAUCCUAAAGAAGGUCAACACAGCCGACACAGGGAUCUUUAAGGUCACAGACCUGGCUGGUUUUCCCGUGGCUCACAUCUACAUAACUGUGGAAUCAUAUAAGUUGCCCCCCCUGACUGUGGCCAUCCUCGGCCUGCUGAGCCUCGUCGCCUUCAUGUUGCUGAUGUGCCUGCUGUCCUGCCUCUACACAAUUCACAAGAGGAACGAGAAGAACAGGAAGCUGAUGCUCAUCGCUCAGCAGGCGGGGAAGGGAGACGGCGAAGCUUUCAGACAGGAGCCUCAGACGGAGCCUCUUCUUGGUGGUCGCUGAGGCAUACAGCAGGUUCACCGAGGAGUCUCUGACACAGUCGGUGUGUGACAAACCGUCGGAGUGCACAGAAGUCACCAUCAAGGGACUUGAAGUGUCCAAACCAGGCCGCUAC